AGGAUCCACUCCAUCGAGCGGGUGCAGAACAUUAGUUUGUGGCAGUCGUACUGCGUGAAGAAGAGCGCCACGGUCGCGCGCGAAAAGGACCCCGUGGCGGCGGAGCGCAAGUACGUGCGCAAUUGGUCGAGAGCUGUGUGGAAAUCAACCAGUGAGUUGGCUGCCUGGAAUUUUCACGCCAUCGAGCAGACGCAGCUACGGAGAAAAUAUCGCGUCGAUGGCGUGGGGCGCGACCGAAAUUUGAUUUCCACACAGGCUCUUCCACGGGUGCGGCCCCGACGUCGUCGAUAAGAUCCUCCAGCAGGGAUUCAACCGCUCCUUCUGCGGCAAGAACGCGACGUUCUACGGCAAGGGCGUCUACUUCGCGCGCGACGCGAGUUAUAGUACGUAUCCACUCUACUCGCCCGCCGACGGGCGCGGGUUGCAGACCAUCUUCGCCGUGCGCGUCGUCGUCGGCGCGUGGUCCAAGGGCGUCAAAGACGCGCUGACGCCCGACGUGCGCGACGCGAGGCGCAACCUCCUCUACGACACGACCGUCGACAACAUGGCCGACCCGAGCAUCUUCGUGACCUACCACGACGCCCAGGCCUACCCCGAGUACCGGAUCCGCUUCACGCAGUCGAAUCCGGCGCAGGGCCACCCGCAGGCCGGCCAGAAGCGCCCCGCCGGCUACAAGCCGAAUUUGCUCGAGGGCGUCGAGGACGUCAAGCCGCGGGCGUCGUCGAUCGACGCGCAACCACAACAACAACCACAACAACAACAACCGCAGCGGGUGGCCCCGGCCCCCGUGCCCCAGCCCGUCGCUCAGCCCGUCGCUCAGCGCCAGCAGUUCAUGGUCCAGAUUCCCGCGGGCGUCGCGCCGGGCGCGGUGAUGACGGUGAGAGCUCCCGACGGGCGGCUCUUGCAGGUGCAAGUACCGGCCGGAGCUGUACCUGGUAGCACGAUACAAGUUGCGGCCUAG